CCUCUUCCAUUGUCUCCCAUCUAUUUCCUCCAAUAUUCAGUGGCCUUGGAUCGUGGAUUGGCGAAUUAUAAAGGCUCUACAGACCAGCAGAGUUUGUGAGUGUGUGCCAGGCGACACAGGGAGGCCCCGGGGCACGCUAUCCACCACUGUGGCGGGGAUGAGGCACCUCGCUCUUUGUUACUACUCCGCUCUCUCAAGGUCCUUCUUCAUCUGCCUUCUCUCCCUCUCUAUUAUGUGGUGAGGGUUGAGGAAAGAUGGAUCCUGGGCAACAGUUUUGCUUGCGUUGGAAUAAUUACCAAUCAACACUACAACAUGUGUUUUACAAGUUAUGGAUGGCUGGAACGUUUGUGGAUGUUAGCCUGGUAGUAGAAGGUCGAAGGUUGGACUGUCAUAAAGUGGUGCUGUCGGCAUGUUCGUCAUACUUCGAACACAUCCUGCGGGAUCACAGCAGCCAUCCGCAUCCUUUAAUUCUGCUGCACGAUCUACCCUACGCGGCUGUGGAGGCUCUUGUCAUGUUUAUGUACAGGGGAGAGGUUAAUGUGACACAGGAACAGCUGGCAGCUCUUCUAAAAGUUGCAGAAACACUCAGGGUAAAGGGGCUGGCAGAUUCAGCAGCCAUCAGCAGCUUCACCAAACGUCAGCUGCUGGAACGGUGCAUCCCUCUCCUGGAACACGCCCCUUGUAAUAUCCAAGUGCCUAACACAUUACCUGUACCCAACACACUGGGGGCAAUAACAGUGCCAACCACAGCUAUUGUCCAGCCCAGAAUGACGACCAGUAGAGGUGGUCUAAACACUGGAAGAAUAGGUUCAGGAAUGGUGAAGCAUCUACCUACCACCAAGAAGGUGGAGGGAAGCAACACGAGUCCCGGUCCGCAGAGGAAACGACCCAGACACGACGACCACGCGACCUCCAUGCCACUGACACCUCCCGCCUCCCUAAACGACACUCCGCCAAAUGACACAUCUCAACCCUCACCCGCAGUCACAACCAUACCACCAGAGACAUUUAAACAAGAAGCUGCUGAUGAAACAGACGGAGAGCUUCAGAUAGAUGAGUCCGCUGGCCAGUCACCCGUGAACUCUGCAGAAUGUGAUUCAAAUUCUAUAGGUCCUGAGGGCGAGGCUGAAGGUGAGGGAGAGGAAUCUCUUCAGUGUGUGUCACAUGAUGUACAGUCAAGAAUGCAACAAGAUAUACCGUCCACCAUUACAUCAGACAUCAAGCCCUUUGCACAAGAAGUCCGUGACUCUUCUCAACCCUUUCAGCAAAUUCAUCAGGCCUCCGUGGAUAGUUUAUCAACCAAGGAGCGAAGUGGCAGCCUUGGUGGAAAGUCUUGUGAGAGAACAUAUACACACUUGGACCUUGAGGAAGGCAUUGAAGCCGUCCUCUUGGGUCAACUAACCCCGGCCAAAGCCAUAGCACAAUAUCGUAUCCCCCGCAGGACUUUCUUCCGGAGGCUUUCCGCCGUACGCAAGAGCCGAGGAAUUCCGUCCGCCAAGGAAAAUGCCGCCGAUCACUUUUUAAAUGCCACCACUACGGUCGGCGAUGCGACCACUCACUUGAUACUCCCCGUUGCCGACUCUGACUCUUAUGCCGCCACUUUUAAGAUCAAAUCAGAAAAGCCGGUCCUGAUCGCUCCAAAAGAUGGGAAAAAAAGCAAAAAAGGUGAUGGGGUGAUGGCUCCUAACAACAGCUACAUCUCCUUACUCAACUUGGCAGCAACAAAUAACUACGAUGCUUACCUUAACUACCUUAAGCUCGUCACACAACAGGGCGACAACGCCAAUCCAGAGGAGGUUCUCGGGGCAUUACGAAAAGGACAGGUAAAGGAAGUAAAGCCGGCCGUGGAUGAUAACAGAAAUGUGUCCGAGGCGGCCCUGGCUCUCGUUGCUCACAACGUGUCGGCAGACUAGCUCCCCCUACACGACAAGUGGAUGACUCAUCGGUUGAUCAAAGUGCGAGGGAAAGAACUUCCUCCUUGGGCUUCAGUUAGAGUCCAGUGCCAACUGCAACUAACCAUUCCAUUCAACAUUCCAGUAGGUUUAAGGCUAUUUGUAUGUAAUGUACUUAUAUUUAAAUGGAUGGGGACAUAGUUGAUAUCCUUCAGCCAAAGCAAAUCUCCCUGAUUUUGAUACUGCAUAUUUUUUAUGCUAGAUAAACAAUCUCAGUAUUACCUGCUUUCAUCUCAAAAUAUAAGAAAAAUUUAUUAUUAAGAGUACCAACAAUCUAUUAUGAUUCUGGAUAAAUUUCACACAAAAUUAAAGACUAUUAUAUGAAGGCUCUGGCCACUAAAAAUCCUUCCCGUAAGGUUAAAUGCACAAGAUUUAUAUAUUUUUGUCGGUCGGUCUUACAUUAUGAUAAUUGGUGGUUUAUAUAGAUAUGAUAAUAUCAACCUGAUUGAACAAAGUUACAUGAUAUUGCCAUUUUAAAUGUGGGAGGGUUUAAGCAUUCUUUUAUUUUAUUUAUUUUAUCAACAUUGAAGUCUCAAAAGCUGUGAUAACAUUUGGUACUUAUUACUAAUAAUCAUACUCAGUUUGCACAUUUUGGCCUUCUCAAGUUGCUCUCUGCUUCUCUUACCUGUAGCCUACCACUGAUGGCUCUCUCCGGACACUUGUUAUGGUAGUCAGUAUUGUAGGAGUCUACUCUACUUGACUACUCAACUCUAUUUGCUUUUCUAUUUAUUUUUCAUUCAAGUGGUGAUGGACUUAAUGUAUAUAAGUUUCUUAAUGGAAGGCAGUUCUGGUUUACUAUCUUCUAAUCUUCAUAGUAAUAAUACGAUGGCUUGUGUACUUCUUGGGGAGUUUCUGGGUGUCUUUCUUCACUCCGGGUCUGUCAGAGGACUCGCGCUUGGGGUUUUCUAUUUAAUUAUUAAAAAGGUGCUUCCAGACUGGGUUCCAGUCCUUGUUGAACUAAGAACUGUCUUAAAGCUCUUUGUCUUGGUUGUGGGUCUCACCUGUACCUGUAGUUGCUCAGCUAUCCUUAGAUGUAGACAACUAGUGUAACAGUUAGCAUUUUGCAGGCAUUGUUGGUCAGUGAUUACUGUGUCCUAUUGAUAUUUCACGCUGCUGUCGGUGACGUGUGUGACAGUCGGGUUAGUGCCUCAAAUUUUGGGUUAAACUUCUCAGUGUAACUUACCCUCCUGACCACUGUGUGCCUCUAUUAUAUGAGCUGUGUGAAGCUCUUGUUCCUAUAGUUAAUAUUAUUAAAGUCAUUUUUAUGUACUGUAAUAUCCAAGGUACUGUACUGUACAACACUGCUGGUGUGGCCAUUACUUACAGCUCUGACCCAGGGAGUAUGACAUUGGUUUUGUGACCUAAGAGCUGUGACCCAAGGGCUGUGUCAUCGCUCUUGUGACCCACGGGUUGUGUCACAGCUGUGACCCAAGGACUGUGCCACAGCUGUGACCCAAGGACUGUGUCAUAGCUGUGACCCAAGGACUGUGUCAUAGCUCUGUGCCUCAUGGGCUGUGUCAUAGCUCUGUGCCUCAUGGGCUGUGUCAUAGCUCUGUGUCUCAUGGGCUGUGCCAUAGCUCUGUGUGUCAUAGCUCUGUGCCUCAUGGGCUGUGUCAUAGCUCUGUGUCUCAUGGGCUGUGUCAUAGCUCUGUGUCUCAUGGGCUGUGUCAUAGGUCUGUGUCUCAUGGGCUGUGUCAUAGCUCUGUCUCAUGGGCUGUGUCAUAGCUCUGUGUCUCAUGGGCUGUGUCAUAGCUCUGUGCCUCAUGGGCUGUGUCAUAGUUAGGGGAACUGGCAGCUGUGAUCCUAUAUUUCUUCAUUCAAGACAGUGUGAUGAUGCAACUUGAUAUGGCUGUGAUGAAUGCAUUCAAAAUGCUCCAUCUCCUGUUCUUUACAUGUAUUGCUUAGGAAAUUUGACGAGUCAUUUUCAAAUACUAGUUGUGUAGUUGAUAGUACCAUCGUGUCUUAAGAUAGCCACCUUCUGAUAGUUAGCCAGUACUGUACUAUCAACCUGUAGGGUGAUUGUCACAUGAAUAAUAUUAAUAUCUGGAGAAUAAUGUCAGUUCUACAAUAUCACAGCACAAUGGCUGCAUAUGUAACAGAUAUUAAUGUUAGUGUUUUAGAUGACCUUUACAGGUUGUUACAACUGGAGAGUAAGAAGUGUUGGCCGUGCAAGUACUGUGGCCAGCAGUUAUCCCCUUGCUCAUCUAUGAGGUCCACUCAUUAGGUAACAAAAUGGCAGCUUUUUUGAGGAAGUGCAAAUAACCUCUCAUUUUAUGUAUUAAAAGAAUGGCAUUACUAAGUUAAGUUACAGGUUAGCGAUCUCAUGUAUUUACAUUUUAUGCCUAAGAGUACUGUGUGUUAGUGGCAUCUGUCUAUUGCUUAGCACUAUCUUGGUACUGUACCUGUUAAUAGCUGGUGGCCAUAUGUAUUGCUAGUUGUCAGUUGUAAUUAUUAUUUUCUGUGUCAUUUUUGGGCUGCCAGCUAUGUCUGAAAAAAUGCAAUGUGUAUGUUUUGUGCAUGUCUUACAAAGGGGCAUUGAAAGUUACUGCAAUGAUAUUUGUUUUUAUCUUUAUUUUUUAUUUAUUUUUUUGGUAAGUAAUAUGUCGUGCAGAUGUGAACUUCCUGUGCUAAGUUUGCUGCACUGGUCCCUCUCCUGCCUGCCUGGCCGGGAUAGUCUUACCCAGAAAACGUGAACCUUUGCUUUGUGUCUGCAAGCGUCAGUAUCUCGUGUCAUUAAAUUAGGAAUUAAUAUGUAUUAUAUUUUGCUUUGUUGCUCUCAGUUGAAAAUAUUAUGAUCUGAUGUGUACUGUACUUAGAAGAUCUGAUGAAAACUGUGAUAAGAGGUAUAGCUUUUCUACGCUUCAACACAUUCCAUGUUAUCCUUUGGGAGAAACAAAAUGCACCAUUCCACACACCCUGUGAUAAUACUGUGUCUUGUAUUGUAUCUGGCAUAUCCCUACAAUUACUAUUAGUCUCCUCCCCGAGUCUGACCACUGCAGCAGUCAACAGGUCGGGGGAAUUAAGAAGAAAAAUAUUCUUGACAAAAAAUCUAUAAGUAUAUAUUUAAAUGUAUAAGUAGAAUUCCCUUGAUUUUACACUCCAGAUAUUGUAAGGCUGUGACAGUGAUCAACAGGGGACAAAAUGUAUGAUGUAAAGUUCUCUAAAAUAUUUUGCCAGAGAUGAAGUACUUCCAUGUGUCACAGGGAGGAUCUGUAGACUCCUAAUCUAUUGGAUCUCUUGUAUUUUUCUACAAGUUUCUGAAUAAGAUUUUUCAUUAAAAUA